UAAUCCAAACUUUUCACUCUCAAUGUGAACUAAAAAAAACUCAAGAAAAUAUUAUCUCUAAUUUAUAUAAAGUUUCAGCCAUGGCAAAAAAACCUAGUAUGGGUCGUCAAAAGAUCAAAAUUGCCAAGAUAGAGGUCAAGAAUCACCUCCAAGUUACCUUCUCAAAACGUCGUUCUGGUCUAUUCAAGAAAGCUAGUGAACUAUGCACGUUAUGUGGUGUUGAAAUAGCCAUCAUAGUUUUUUCUCCAGCGAGAAAAGUAUUUUCUUUUGGUCACCCUAAUGUUGAGUCUAUUAUCGAUAGGUUCCUCACAAGAGCUAAUUCUAAUAAUAAUCCAAUCGCGAAUAAUUCAAUUCAACUUGUUGAGGCUCAUCGAAAUGCUAGUGUUCGUGGGCUCAAUUUACAACUUACUCAAAUUCUUGGUGAGGUUGAAAUUGAGAAGAAAAGAGGAGAAUCACUUGAUCAAAUGAGGAAAACUAGUCAAAGCCAAUAUUGGUGGGAAGCUCCUAUUAAUCAACUUGAUUUGCAAGAACUUGAACAAUUAAAGGAUUCAAUGGAGGUUUUGAAAAAAAAUGUUACUAAUCAAGCAAACAAGUUUAUGGUUAAUGAGACUCCUAAUCCUUCUUUUUUUGGUGUUAAUGCUAAUGGGAUUUUUGACAAUUAUGACAUCAAGCCACCAAGAAACAUGAAUGCUUCAAAUAAUCUUCAUAACCAUAACCUUGGUUUUGAUUCAUCCACAUUUUUCUAAUUUCAAUGCUAUGGUCUGAUUAAUUCAGAUUCUCAUUGGAAUGCUCAAUCUUAAGCAUGGGCUACUUAUACUAGUCGUCCCGAUUAAAAAUGAAUGAAAAAAUAUACUAACCGUUCUAUCGCAACCUAUGAUAUGAUGAUCCCAUUUCUUUUGAUUAAUUAAAAGCCAGCAAAUAUCUCACUAGCUGGCCUUUACUAUGAGUUUUUCAAGUUCUCAAUUUGUGUAUUUGUUGCCUAUAAAAGCAACAGCAAAUGAUUGCCCUUAUGAAUCGAUA